AAACCCACCUCUACUCGAUAAGUGAAGUAGUAGUUCGAAUUCAAAAACAAAAUAGAGAUGAGUUCGGUAUCAGUGGCGUCACUGUUAUUCGCCGGCGGCUACCGUAGCCUCGCCGUCCCUUUAGCGGCACGCGCACUUCGCAUUUCACUUAACAAACACCUCACACUACACGCCUCUGGUUGGUGUUGUCGGAGUUCACACAACAGCACCGUCGCACUCUCCGGCGAAACUGUAUCCUCAACAACCGACGCCGGAAACUUAACCGCUACUUCUUCUUCCAAUAGCUACCCUAAGUAUGACCGAUUGCUUCCAUGUCCAAAACACAAAUCUCCACCAAGAAUUGAACACUUAGUUGUUUCAGAAGGAGGACCUGUAUUAGAAUACAUUUGCAAAACCUUGGAUCUUCCUCAAUUGUUUGUUGCAGAUCUGAUUCAUUUCGGAGCUGUGCAUUUCGCUCUUGUUUGUCCGAAGCCUCCUCCUACUGCUACUGCUGAGCAAAUUAGGGUUUUCAAGCAAGUAACGGACCCGUUGGUUCUGCGAAAAAGAGCUUCUAUCAAAGGAAAAACUAUAAGAGAAGCGCAGAAAACUUUCCGUGUAACUGAUGGGGAUCAAUUUGUUGAACCAGGAACUUAUUUGCGAGUGCACGUGCACCCCAAGCGUUUUCAUAGGUGCUAUGAGAUUGACUGGAGAUCAAGGAUUAUAGCUGUGAAGGAAUCAUACGUAGUUUUGGAUAAACCUGCUGGCACUUCGGUAGGUGGCACUACCGACAACAUUGAAGAAAGUUGUGCAACCUUUGCAACUCGUGCCUUGGGAUUGACAACACCGUUGAUGACUACCCAUCAGAUUGACAACUGCACGGAAAGCUGUGUAGUAUUGGCUAGGAAUAAGGAGUAUUGCUCUAUCUUUCAUGGCAAAAUACGGGAGAAAAAAGUGAAAAAGCUCUAUCUUGCUCUUGCAGCUUCUCCUUUACCAACCGGAAUCAUUAACCACUAUAUGCGUCCUAUUAACAUGGCUCCUCGACUUAUUUCUGAAGAUUUUAUCAAGGGAUGGCUUCUUUGUCAACUCGAGGUCAUGGAAUGCAGAAAGGUUCCUUGGCCAACUAGUGUUGUUCAAGAUGAAUAUUGUGUUGAAGACUGUGGGUGGCCAUCUCAAGAUUACGCAUACGAGUGUAAAAUCAACCUUCUUACUGGUCGAACUCAUCAGAUUCGAGCUCAAUUUGCUGCUUGUAAGGCACCUUUAAUUGGCGAUUCUAUGUAUAUGCCUGCUGCAAUUGCAGAGAUGAUUAAUCCUGGACUUAAUCCAUUUGGAAAGUACAAGAAAGAUUUCACCAGCGAGAGUGAAAAAGAAGCUGAUGUUACAAAUUGGAUUGCUCAGCACGGAAAAGAGCCAAGUGCUGCAAUUGGCCUUCAAGCUUGUCAAAUUUCAUGGGAUGAUGAUGAACACUUAUACAAAGCUGGUUUGCCUUGGUGGAGGUGUUAAAAUGCUAGAAAUAUGCUCGAGUCAAGGACUUGGCACGACACUGAAGUUAUGUUUUAGUUUUGCCUCAGUUUUGUGUGAAUAUUCAAUAGGAGGAAGAAUUGUAAUGUAUCAUUAUAUGUUGGUUUCGCAUUUUGCAGUAAGAGUGCAAAAUCUCCCUAAGAUGGUGCAUGGCUGCAUUCUGUCACAUACCGGUGAGCGUUGAGCAUCCUUUUUUGUUGUAAUUAACUUUAAAUAGGUAAGUCACACUAUAGUUUAUUCAGCACUCAAGACCUCUUUCUGAAAAUGUAUAUUAUACUUGGAUAGUGAAGAAUUGAGAAUUUUGUCACAA